AUGUCUUUUGGGUUCGAUUCUGGCUCCUCUAAUACAGGAUUUGGUGAUGACUCACCCUUCCAAUCAUCAGCAUCUAGUUCUGCUGGCGACAGCGAAAUGAAAACAGCCCUUCAACAACUUCAAACUCAAGCUGAGUUUCAAAGUCAGGUCUCUCAGCUUACUAGUCGCUGUUGGGAUUUAUGCUUUACGGGUUCACCCGGUGCUAAGCUUGACGAUAAACGUGCUAACUGUCUGAAAAACUGUGCAGAACGUUAUAUUGACGUUUCAGUUUUCCUUCGCAAACGCUUUCAGGAAUUCGCAGCCCGUAUAUCCCAGCAACAACCGUAA